AUGUUCUUGACAUUAAAUGACGAAGCUGAGGAGCAGGUGUCGGUGCAGAGUGUGAAUGAUGGAGACGCAGAGAGGAAGUUCAUUACUGACAGAGCUGCUACACACUGUCCACAGGUGUAUCCUCAGCUGUCAGACGUGUCCCCGUGUCUGCCUCCCUCCUCCUUCCUCACCUGCUCAUCUGACAACACAAUCAGAGUGUGGCACGCCGACCCACCCACUGCCGCCACAGCACACAAGAACCUGUACAGCAACGACCUGUCAAGGAUUGUGUACGUUGGCGAGAAUACGCAGCACCUGCAGGCGGAGGGGAAGAAGGCAGAGGCAGCAGGGGCUGAUGAGUCUGGGAUCAGAGUACUGGGAAUCAGUCCGGAUGGUCGACACCUGGCUGCUGGAGACCGUUGUGGAAAUCUCCGUAUCUUCGCUCUAGAGUUCCUGGACGAGCUGGUGAAGAUCGAGGCUCAUGACUCUGAGGUUUUGUGUCUGGAGUUCUCGCCGACUUCAACAGGUUUGAAGCUGUUGGCGUCAGCCAGCCGGGACCGACUGAUCCACAUCUUCAACCUGGAGAAGAACUACAAUCUGGAACAGACUCUGAACGACCAUUCAGCCUCCAUCACCGCCGUCAAGUUCACAGGUGAGAGUCCAGAGGUUCAGAUAGUGAGCUGUGGAGCCGACAAAAGCAUCUACUUCCAGACGGCUGAACAGACGGCGGAGGGUCUCUCAUUCUCCAGGAGUCAUCACGUGGUGGAAAAGACGACGCUGUACGACAUGGACCUGGACUCCACCAAAAAGCACGUGGUCAUCGCCUGUCAGGACCGAAACGUCAGAGUUUACGACGUGGAAACUGGGAAGUUGAAGAGGUGUUUGAAAGGCUCGUCCAGCGAUGAAGGAUCUCUGCUGAAGGUUCAGAUGGACCCGUCCGGGAGCUUCUUCGCCACCAGCUGCUCCGAUAAAAAUAUCACCAUCUUUGACUACGAGUCAGGAGAGUGUGUUGCCACCCUGUUCGGACAUGCAGAGAUCAUCACUUGUAUGAGGUUCAGUCACGACUGUCGACACCUCAUCACUGUGUCAGGAGACAGUUGUGUGUUUGUGUGGCGACUGGACGCUCAGAUGACCUCCACCAUGAGGAAGAGGCGGGGCCUCAUACUGAAAGUUGCACCGGACGCCCGCCACCAAAAGCCUCAGAACAUCCGGAGGGAGACGUUCAUCACUGUUCCCUCGUCUCAGCUGCGUCAGGCGGAGGAAGAGGAGGAUGAGGAGGAGGAGGAGGAGGAGUCUGACCUCAGGACUCCUACCAGACUGGACUUGGCUCAGGAUGUUCCGCAGCUUCAGACCAAUGGAAAACUGCCCCUGUGGUUCAGAAAGGUGCAGGGUCAGGGCGGAGCCUCCACUGCCGACCAACCAGAUGCUGGGCCUCGUCAGUGUCGCAGUCGCUGGACAGAACAGCUGAAUCCUCUGACUAUCUGCUCCAACUGCUCCCCGAGCCCCCCCAAGAGUCCAGGGGAGGAGGAGGAGGAGGAGGACGAAGAAGACGAAGACUUCCACCCUCAGAGUCUGGAGAGUCUGCUGGGAGAUAACCAAGAGGAAGGAGAUGGAAAGGAGGAGGAGGAGGAGGAGGAGGAAGACUUUCACCCUCAGAGUGUGGAGAGAUUGAUGAAAGAUGGAGAACAAGAGGAGAAGGAGGUGCUGCAGCCUGCAGGUGAGAACCGGAGCAGCUACGUCCUCCACCCCAGCAGCAGCGCCCCCGUCAGGAAGUUUGACGUUGAAGACGUCCCUGACCCACAGACAUCGCUGAGCCAGCUGGAGGUCAGAGGUCAGGGGGCGGAGCCAGUGUGGCACACUCAGCUGAGCCCUGACUCCGCCUGCUUUGAGGGCUCUGCAGGAAGCGUGGAGCAGCCUCUUGAUGCCGACACAGACUCUCUGAGUCAGGGCAGCUCUGUGGGCAGUUUGGGUCCAGAGGACGAUGAGGACAGGAACCUGCUGAAGAACCAUUUUGAUACGCUGGCGUCGAGUCUGAGCGAAGAAAAGUUCGACACUGACCUCAGGACUCAGCAGCCUCCGGAGGAAAAACACUUCCUGAACCCUCGACUCAGCAUCUCCGCCCGCUUCCUGUCCCGCUUCCAGGACAGACUCAGGGUGUGGCCGAGUCGAGCUCCGCCCCCCGUCUCCAUCCCGACCAGGAUCUCAGAGGAGAGCGUCAUCGACACAUCGGAGAACGUGGAGUCGAGCAGCGACGUCGGGUCGAACAAGUCGACUCUCAGAGAGAGCUGCACCGUGAGAUGCAGCCCAUCCGUCCUCCACAGAAGAGCGUCCUCCAUUAUGUCCCAUCAGCCCCUUCGCCGCCCAACACGCCGCCGACGCCACACUGUGGUGGUCGUUCAGUGCAGAGAGACGCUGGGAGACGUCACCUCCACCAACAGCAUGGUGUCUGCGGUGCAGCAGCGGGCGUCACGGCUUGGAUACCUGGGAACCACCGCCAGCUCCAGGUCCAAAGUGAGCCAGGACCCCCCCACCUGCAGCUCCCCCUCCGCCCAGGAGGAGGAGAAGGAAAACCUUUGGUCCUCCUCAGACUCUCAUCCUGGUCCUGAUCCCCCCGAGGACCAGACCAGCAGUGUCGCUCUGUCCUCCCAGAAGCCCCGGCUUCAUCUACCUGCAGAGACCAGCCCUCAGGUGUGGACCACACCCACUGAGGGGCCGUCAGAGGGCGGAGCCAGCAGGUGGAGCACCAGCAGCAUUGAAAAAACACCGACAAAUCAAAACCAAAUGCUUAUCCCAAGCCCCGCCCCCUGCAUCACAUCCACGUGCUCUGUCUCUGGGGAGAGGGCCGGUCCAGAAUCAAACGAAACGCUUGGUGAUGAUUCCUCCUGUGGCCCCCCCACCUCUGCCUCCUGUCCACUUUCAGACAGACCCUGCCCCCCCCUCUCAGGUGCUGUUGAGGCGGUGACGCUGCAGCAGUGUCAGCAAGUCGCCAACGAGCUGCGACACACGACCAGACGAGCCGUGCGCCUCCACCAGCAGCUUGGUGAGUCGCUUGGCUUUGUGGAGCAGCGGCUACAGAUGUCCUCUGUCCUGCAGGAGGCGUUUGAAUCCGUUCACUCUGAGCUGCAGGUGGUCUUGCACGGAGAGGGGCAGGGCAGCAGCAGCACGCCCUCUGGUGGACUGGAGGGUGCAGGGACGGUGUCUCUGCUGGAGAAAUACUCUGAGCUGCUGCUGCAGAUGACGCAGAACAAACUGAACCGGAUCUGAUCACCAGGACACGUCAAUCUUAUUAAUAUCUUUAUUAGCGUCAGAACUUCAAACAUUAAAAGUUUUUUGUGUGUGUUUUUCUCCUCGAGUCACGACAGGAAGUGUGUGAGCGAUACGGAGGCUGAAGGAAACUUCAGCCUGGCGCAGUCGCUAAUCAAUCACAUUUCAUAUAUGUAAAGUUUUUACGAUCAGUAUUAAAUCAAGCGUGUUGUAUUGUUUGUAAAUCACGUCACUGUUUGUAAAUAAACCUGUUUUACAUGUU